CGGAAUUCUGGAUUUACCAGCCCGCCUCCCACUGCGGGCAGCCUGUAAUUAGCCACGCACUUAAUGAGUUUUGGGGAAGUUUUGGGUGCAGCCCGCCCGUGCGGAGCCCUCCCUCCCUCCGCUCCCCUCAAAUAGCAGGGGGAGCUCUCGGGACACCCAAAUCUCCUCCCGAGGGACGAUGGAGCCCUGGAUCCUCCUGCUCGGGGCUGGGAUCGCCCUGGGCUGCGGGUCCGGCCAUCUGUACACGGCCCCCGACUCGUGCGAGGGACGCUGCGGGGAGCCCUUCAGCGAGGAGGACGAGUGUCAUUGUCACCGCGAGUGUGACACCGAGCACAACUGCUGCGAGGACCACGAGAGGCACUGCGGGCCCGGUGGGGAAGGGGCCGAGGACGGAGCUCAAGCCCGCGCCGGAUUUUCCAGCAGCCGCGCUUCCAUCACGGACCAGGAGCUGCUGCAGCUCUCGGAGCAGCUUUACGAGCUGGAUCACAACAAAGCCCGGCCCAGCGACAUCGCGCUCAACCCGCAGCACCGGGCGGGUCCCGACGAGACCGGCGACAAACGGGACCGGUCCCCGCAGCCGCUCUACAAAUUCGUGAACGAGGAGCUCUUCUCCAAACCCACCUACGCCAGCUUCAUUAAGCUGCUGGAUAAUUACCAGAGGGCCACGGGCCGGGAGGAGGAGGUGACGGCCGAGGAGCUGCGGGAACAGGAUCGUUUCCUCGAGGAGGUGAUGAAAACGGAGCUGAUGAAGAAACUUUUUGUGUUCCUGCAGGGAAAAGGUCGCUACGGCUCCGAGCAGGAAUUCCUGCAGCAUUUGAAGGAAAUGUGGUUCAGCCUCUACUCCCGAGGGGAUGGAGAGCGCGAUUCCAGCGGUUUUGAGCACGUGUUCUCAGGGGAGGUGAAAAAGGGGAAAGUCUCAGGAUUUCACAACUGGAUCCGCUUCUACCUCCUGGAAAAGCAGGAGCUCGUCAACUACUUCAGCCACAACUUCAACGGGCCAUGGGACUCGUACCCCGACGUGCUGGGGCUCCAGUUCAGCUGGGAUGGUUUCUACAAGGAGGUCGGCUCGGCUUUCAUCGGCUCCAGCCCCGAAUUCGAGCUCGGCCUUUACUCCCUUUGCUUCCUGGCACGGCCUGGCCGGGCGUGUCACCUGAGCCUGGGCGGGCACCAACUCAGCGUGCAGACCUUCCCCUGGAGGGCGGGGCCAGCGGGGGCGAGCGCCAGCAGCAAUGGGGCCAGCGGGGGGCGAGCAGUGCCCGCAAUGGGGCCAGCGGGGGGCGAGCACCGCCCGCAAUGGGGCCAGCGGGGGGCGAGCACCGCCCGCUCUGGGGUGGCCCCCGCUCUGCUCGAGAGCGCCCAGGGGGCUCCGGGGGGGCUCCAGGUGUGCGGGGCCGGCCCAGCUGAGCCCCCCCCUCACCCGGGGGAUGUCGGGGUGUCCCUGGGGGUCCCCGCAAAGGCCGCGCCGGGGGAUUCCCUUUUCCUCAGUGAGCUCCCCCAGACUCAUUUGGGCUGGGAACACCCCCGAGGCCUCUCCAUCCUCUCCAUCCUCUUCAUCUCCCCCCCCCGAUCACAACUUGGGAGGGAUUGGCCCGGGGACGAGUUUAAAGAUGGGAUUAUUCCUGGGAAACCAGGGCGACCCCAAAGCGGGACCCCCGGGGUGGGGGAUGGUCCCGAGUGGGGGAGGUGGGACGGGGAAUCUCCCUAUGGGACAGGGAAUCCCCCCCAUUGA